AUGGAAACAGCAGUCCCGGUCACAUAUGGCUUUGGCAACCAUGACUUGACAGGAGUUUCGCAUCGCCGGAUGAUGGCACCACCACAAGAUCAAGGGAUGACAUACUAUUCAAAUCAACCGAUCCCCUACGCGGCCUCAUUGCAUUCGUCUUCUUACGGUUUUGGACACAUUUUAAACACUAGCCAUGCCUCCUAUCAGGGAUUCUAUGGGUCUGCGCCUGCAAUCACUUCUCACAACAACCGCCUGCCAGAGUCCGCACCGGUGCAAUCGCUGUCGACCGUGGCGCCUGCGAGGAAUGGGUUACCCAGGUUGAUGGAGCCUAACCCACCGAAAUUCGAGCCCGAGCAGCCACCCCGAUUACCGAAUCUGCCCGCAAAACCAGAGGAUCAGCCCGACGCGAAACCCCGCCUAAAAUCAGAGAUCGAAUUCUCAACAGAAGUGGAUACUUUGAUGAAGGCGAUUCAAUCGAAGCCGAAAAUUACCCAACCACAACUCCCCCCUCUACAUCAGUUCACCAACGGCGUACCAGGCUGGUCACAUCCAGCCUACGCAGCACCUAUGCCUGGGGGUCAGGGGCUUUUUGCUCCUCAGCAAGACCGGAAUCUGUCGACGAAACAAAAGCCAAGAAGGAAAUAUGAGUGUACUCUACCUCAUUGUAGGAAAAGUUUUUACCAGAAAACACACCUGGAUAUUCACAUGAGGGCGCAUACUGGAGACAAACCUUUUACACAUGAAAGACGACAUACGGGAGAAAAGCCAUAUUCCUGCGAGAUCUGUAACAAAAGAUUUGCCCAACGGGGAAAUGUCCGGGCACACAAGAUCACGCAUGAGAAAGCGAAGCCUUUCAUUUGCAGAUUGGAUGAUUGUGGGAAACAGUUCACGCAACUAGGUAAUCUUAAGUCGCAUCAAAACAAAUUCCAUUCGCAAACCCUCCGAGAACUGACCAUGCGAUUCUCUACCCUCACCGACGUUGAGCGCCUGGCACCACAUGACGUUGAACUGUGGGAGUACUUUGCAACUCUAUAUAAGAAUAGCAACAAAGGAAUUAAAGGCCGUGGAAAAGACCGACGGGUUUCAUCAAGCGCCAAACUUCGAGGCAAUACCGGCCCCGCGAGCGUUGACGAAAUGAGUACCACGACGGUAUCAAGCAUCGAAGAGGAUAAGAACCGCAUGAACAUGUUCCGGCCCUCUUACAUGAGCACGCCAAGUAGCGACGACGUGGAUUUCCACGAACAAAUGUACCCGCGAGGUCCGUAG